GUAUUAUAUGAAUCUGUGUGACAGCUGUGAUGCGGCACUAAAUAUUUUGUCAACAACAAAAUUGGUCACUUCGAAAACGACUCCAUAGGUUUUGAAUUGGAUUUGAUAGUUACGGCGGCAUUUUAUAGUCAAUGAAGUAUUACUUUUAUUUUUUGAAUAUGAAGCACUUUUUUACGGUGGUAAUUGUAUGUUACACAUUACCUGUGUUCACAAAAGCUGAAUUGGACCCAGUCAAAGUAGCAGAAAAACAGUCGGCAGUCGCACUACCACCAUGCAAACUAUGCAAAACAUUUGUCGAAUCAUUCACAAAGGCGAUGGAAAAAACAUCACGAGGAAAACAUGAAAGCGGUGACACAGCAUGGGAAGAGCAGAAUUUAAAUGUUUAUGCAAAAAGUGAGGUGCGUUUUGCAGAGAUCGGAGAUCAUGUAUGUGGCGAUGUAUCACGAGCUCAAGAUCAAUGCUAUGGAUUUUUCGAAGAAAUUGAAGAUGAAUUAUCAACAUGGUUUACGACCAAACAAGAGCAAUAUCCUGAUAUUCAUGACUAUUUAUGUAUAAACUAUAAGAAAGUGUGUUGUCCAUCGAAUACGUAUGGGCCAAAUUGCUCGCCAUGUGACGAUUGUAAUGGUAAUGGUGCUUGCAAGGGCAAUGGCACGCGUAAAGGUAAUGGUAAAUGUUCGUGUUAUGCUGGAUACAGUGGUGAAAAUUGUGCCGAAUGUGCAUUGGACUAUUACGAAUCGUUUAGAGAUGAUACAAAAAUGUUAUGUAGUAAAUGUAAUUUGGCCUGUGAGAAGAAAACUGGAUGUACCGGAGCUGGUGCCAAAGGUUGUCGCGUUUGCAAAAAAGGAUGGACUAUGGAACCCGAACAUGGUUGCGUUGAUGUUGACGAGUGUCUUAGCGAUAUUCACAAAUGUUCAACAAAUGAAUUUUGUGUCAACAACGAAGGAUCUUUUGAUUGUCUCAAAUGCGACCGGGCUUGCGAAGGAUGCACUGGCGACGGUCCAGAUUUGUGUGACAAAUGUGCCGAAGGUUAUGAACUCCGAGAUGGAAUGUGUACAGACAUGUCCAGUGAAAGACGACUCCGAUGGGAAAAGUAUACACGUUAUAUUACUUAUUUAGGCUUAUGUAUAGCAACAUGUCUUACAUUCAAAAGUUCCACAUGGAUCGCGUCUAUAAUUGGCGUAGCUGUCGCUAUGUACAUUUCUAUAUCUGAGUAUUGGUUAAACUCUAAUCCGAUUCAAGCGCAGGGACCCCAACCACUUGAAAAUUUCUUCUUGCAGCAAAGCUUAUCUUAAAAAAAAACAUUCCAACAACGACCUCCUAUAGCAAAUGAGACAUACAUAGGAUGUAGGAUACAUUUCAUUGCAUUUUCAAUGAAAAUAGCAGAAUUAAUGACAUUUAGCCAUUUUUCAUUCCAUUCAGUCGUCAUUUUUAAUACAUGCUUUUAAAGCAAUUUUUACACCAAGAACAACAUUGCUCAUUACAGAAAUAAAUUAUAAAGAAGCCGAGUCCAAAGAUUUCACAAAUGAAGAAAAAGAAACCAGUAAAAUGGUGUACAAAUAUUAUGAGCCAGAAUUUAUAGCGGACAGAGAUGACCUAUAA